CCGUCAUUGUUGUCCAUUUCAGCAUUCUUUCUUAGCAACUUUCCAAACGCGUUUCGUUUUAUUUUCCAAAUUAACAUAUCCUUGUGUUUCACUGUUUUCAGUUUUCACUCAUGUCUCCUUCAUAGUUCAUAUCAUAACCUUUGACUUUGUCUCCUCACUACUUCUCUCUUCACUUGACAUACUUUCUUCCUUCUUUCUUAUUAUGGUCCGUCUUUUGAUAUUCGUUUUUAACACCCUCAGCUAAGGAAUUCCACUAAUCCAACUCCAGAAAUUCUGUUUAUCUGCUUCAACUGGGAGCAUGCCUACCACCUGUUUGAGUUUAUGAUCAUUUAGAUUCUCAUAAACAUGGCUUCUCUUCUGAAGAAACUAAGACCUGGGGUCCCUUCAGUGGUUGUUGAUGAUGGUGGUGGUUGUGAUAGCAAUUUCGAAUUCUCCAUUGCCGAGGAGUACAAAGGUCCUCCAUUGAGUUACUUCAUCCCUGAGGUACCUGCUUUCAAGCUUGACCAAGUCCCAGUUGCUCCUAUAGCUUCUUCUCCACCUCAUCAUCAAUCCUCAUUAGUAGUCCCAGUUAUCCAACCUAUCAGAAAAUCAAGCAAUGCUACAACGAAGCUUAAAGAUGGUGGUAAUGAAGAUCAUAAACAUGGUGUUGUAGGAUUGAAUCUCAUUUCCAAGAAUUCAGAUACGGCAGAAGAAUCUGGAUCAUGUUCUGCUUCAGUAUCUUCUGAGAUAUUCUCAUGUAAAGCGGAGGAUGAGGACAUGGAUGAUCCUUCUAGUACUCCAACACAUGUGAAACGCAAUUCUGCUGUUAGAUUUCGUGAUCCCGACUCGAAUGAAAUGGUGGAUGAUGAUUACAAUGAUGACGAAGUUUUUUCUGGUUCUGAGUAUGAAAGUGGAAUCAGUACUCCUAUUAUGAACUACGUGAGGCCAAUUCAUGCUGCGAGACCUGGGAAAAGAGGCACGUGCUACCGUUGCCUUAGAGGGAACCGGUUCACUCAAAGAGAGGUUUGCAUUGUUUGCAGUGCAAAGUAUUGCAGAAAGUGUGUGCUGAGAGCAAUGGGGUCAAUGCCUGAAGGAAGAAAGUGUCUCACUUGCAUUGGUCAGAGGAUUGAUGAGACAAAGAGGAGGAACCUUGGCAAGUUUUCGAGGAUGCUCAAGUCCUUGCUCUCUGAUUGUGAAGUGAAGCAAAUCAUGAAUGAUGAGGUGUUUUGUGAAGCAAAUCAGAUUCCAGCAGAGCAAAUUGUUGUGAAUGGGGAGCGUCUUGAGAGGGACAAGCUCAUGCUGCUGCUGACAUGUCGAAACCCUCCAAAAGAGUUGAAACCAGGCUUCUAUUGGUAUGAUAAAUCAGCAGGACUUUGGGGAAAGGAAGGUCAACGUCCAUGUCAGAUUAUAAGCCCUGAUAUUGAUGUUGGGGGUAGCUUGCAGAAAAAUGCAAGUCGUGGAAAAACAAGAGUAACUGUAAAUGGUCGUGAGAUUACUAAAGAAGAGUUAUGGAUACUAAAGCUUGCAGGAGUAAAAUGGGAUGGACCAACUGAUUUCUGGGUGACUGCUGAUGGAUCAUAUGUUGAAGUGGGACAUAGGAAUGUCAAGGGCCGAAUAUGGGAUAAGUUUGGAGCAAAGGUAGCUUUGGCAUUUCUGUCCCUGUCACUUCCACCUAAUCUGGUGACUACUCCCAGUGAAGGUGAAGGCAAAGGCGAAGGAGUGAACGGAGGUAGCCAAGACAACAACCAUCAGCAGAAAAUGCUUCACAAGUUUCUACUUGUUGGUUCUGCCAAGUCAGGAACAAGUACAAUAUUUAAACAGGCCAAGCAUCUGUAUAAUGUUCCUUUCUCUGAAAAUGAGCGCCAAAUUAUCAAGUUGGUGAUUCAGAGCAACUUGUUUACCUACCUUGGCAUGCUGUUAGAGGGGUGUGAAUAUUUUGAAGAGAGGAGUUUACUGGAGAAAACGAACACAGAACAUGUCGACGAAUCCACUUCAUCUGAAGAGAACUCGGGGGAAAUUAUUGAAACAACUAGCUAUUCUAUUAGCCCAAGAUUACAAGGUUUCUCAGAUUGGCUAAUCAAAUACAUGGUUUCUGGUAACUUGGAUACAAUAUUUCGAGAUAUUAUUCAAAAUUAUGGGCCAAUGGUAGAGGAGCUGUGGAGUGAUCCAGCAAUUCAGGCCACAUACAACAGGAGACAUGAACUAAAAUUGCUCCCCAGAAAUGCAACUUAUUUUCUAGACCGGGCUGUUGAGAUUUCCAAGAUAGACUAUGAACCUUCUGACAUGGACAUCAUGUACGCUGAGGGGAUAACCUUGUCCAACAGCAUUACUUCAAUACGAACUCAUCCGAGCAGAUCCUACAAGCCUUGGAGCAAAGUGCAGGUUGUUGGACAUAUUUGAAGACAUUGAUGUUGUCUUAUUUUCUAUUGCCUUAACUGAUUAUGAUGAGUACAUUGUAGAAAGUAAUGGAGUUGUCAGCAACAAAAUGUUACUAGCCAAGCAACUCUUUGAAAACAUCAUUACUCAGAGAUCCUUCAACAACAAGAAAUUCCUUUUACUUCUAACAAAAUAUGAUCUGCUUGAGGAAAAGAUUGAAGAGGCACGUCUAACAAAAUGUGAAUGGUUCUGUGACUUCAAUCCAGUUAUCAGCCACAACCAAAAGAAAGGUAGAAUUAAUGAUCAUACCAAUAGUCCUCCAUUAGCUCAACGUGCUUUUCAAUACAUUGCUAUGAAGUUCAAGACAUUGUUCAAGUCUCUUACUGAAAGAAAGCUUUUUGUUUCACUUGUUACUGGUUUGGAACCUGAUACUAUUGAUGAAGCUCUCAGAUAUGCAAGAGAGGUUAUGGUGUGGGAAAAAUGGGAUCCUUCUGCCAUAAAUAAGUCUGAGAUUACUUCAACAACCAUUGAUGAAGCAACCCUCACUUAAUGAUUAGGGUAAAGUUUUAAAUUGUCACAUGCGUUUGGGCGUAAUCCUGUUUUAGUUCUUAAGGUUUAAAAUGUCCUAUUU